CUUAUAAUUAUUCUUAAGGGGGAAAUUAUUUGUUUUAUCUCUGCCUGGAGUGGGAAAGGUAAUUAUUAAAGAGGGGAUAAUCAUUUGAGGGUGGUUAUUGAGUAAAUUUGAUAAGCUUCUUUUGAAUGAAGAGGUAUAUGAAAGGAAACUUGAUUCUCUCUAAUAGAAUGCACCUAAGAAGUAGAUUGCAAAAUCAGAGAGAAUAUUUUAUUCAGAGAGAAAUAAACUUAAAUUCAUUUUUUCCAAACUUAAAUUUCUAAAUUAAUAGAAUAAUAUCACAAAACUUGAUUUGGAGGAUGACAGCGCAUUUAAUACUUUUGAUUAUAUUGACCAUUUAUUCGAUUGUUUAGAGAAUCCUUACCAAAUGUCUAGUAAAUUACAAAUUUCCUGUUUGGGACAGUUUGGAGGCCCUGUACAGCCUUAUGUUGUGCUAGGGGAUUUUGAAGAGCCGGGGAAAUACGAAACUGCGAGGGGAUUAGUAAUUACUUUGUUAGUUAAUAAUUACAAGAAUAAUGAAGAAAAUUUUAAAAACAAAAAUUCGUUAGCACUCGCUUGGGAGAAAAAAUUUAUUAAAUUAUUAAAAUCUCAUAAAAGUGAGGUUUUUAAUGUUACUUUUAUUGCUGAACGUUCUUUGGAAGAUGAAAUUGCUAGACAAAGUAAAUCUGAUGCUUUAACUGUUUUUCUUUCUUAUAUGUUUGUUUUUUUUGAAAAUUAA